GAGAGGAGGCAGCAGACUGACUCCUCUGGAAAGAAAAUGAAGAGUGCUGCCAGACCUUGGAGUGCAAUGGCAAAGCAAGGGAACCAUGGGAUUGACAGAGGAAAAUCUCUCCCCACCACUUCCUCAGGCAUGAAGACUUCCAAAUCCUCUACUUCACUUGCUUUUGAAUCUCGGCUCAGCAAGCUAAAAAGAGCUAGCAGUGAUGACAUGUUAACAAAGCCAGGGGUGACAGCAGCCUCCGGGGUCUCCAGACUGAAGAAGACCAUUACAACAGGAGCAAUUUCUGAGCUUGCUGAGAAUCGACUGAAGUCCAGCACAGGAAUUGUUUCAUCAGCGAAGCGCACAGGGAUUCCGGCUCCUCGGGAAAUUUCAUCAACUGUCUCCAGAGAGAGAGCUGUGUUGCGUGGUCCAGCCAACACCAGGAAAACUCAGCCCAGCCCAACUUCUUCUGGCACACCCACGCCUACCAAGCACCUGCGUCCUUCUGCCAAAUCCAAGCAAGAGAAUGAAACUGGGGACAAGGCAGUUCUGGAGUCCCAGGUUAAGGAACUCUUGGCAGAAGCAAAGACGAAAGACACUGAAAUCACCAAGCUCCGGAGUGAGCUGAAGAAAUGCAAAGAUAAAGGGUCAGUUAACUCUGAAGGGAUUGGUGCUUCAGACCAAAACUUAGAAACCUUACCAUUGUCACCUGGUGACAUUGACCCAUUAAUACAGACUCUUCAGGAAAAGAACAGGACUUUUCAAAAAGAGCUUGCUAGCCUGGUGGAAGAAAACCGGGUUUUGAAGGAGAAACUGAUUUAUCUAGAGCACUCCCCUCUCUCGGACACAACAACAAGCAGUGGGGGUGACAGCAGCUUCACAACCCCAGUCACUCAAGAAUCAAGUUUUGGAAGCCCAACAAAAAAUCUAUUGAGAGGUGAACCGGAUGAGCCCAGACAGCGUGUGAAUGGAGAAGCAGUGCGAAAGUCAGGUUCUUCUAGCAGUGAUGUGACUAAAGCCUCCUUGUCACCCGAUGCAUCUGAUUUUGAACAUAUAGCAGAUGUACCUUCUAGGCCAACCUCCUCCAAUAGCAACCCCUUCAAGGGUUCCAGAUGCUCCACCACAGGGAGUUCUCCGAACAACAUUAGUGACCUUUCUGUGGCCUCCCUGACGGAGAAGAUACAAAAAAUGGAAGAAAACCACCACAGUACAGCAGAAGAGCUUCAAGCCACUUUGCAGGAGCUGUCAGACCAGCAGCAAAUGGUGCAGGAGCUGACAGCAGAAAACGAGAAGCUAGUGGAAGAGAAGGCUCUGCUGGAGACCUCCUUUCAUCAGCACAAAGAGAGAGCAGAACAGCUUAGUCAGGAAAAAGAAAAGCUGAUGACUCUCCUACAAGAGCGAUCCAAGAAUGAAGAAACCAAAGUUCAGGAGGGGAAAAUCCUUGAACUGGAGCAGAAAUGCACAGAAUUGCUUGAGAAAGCACAGUUUGAAAGAGAAAAGCUGCUCAACAUCCAGCAACAAUUAUCCAGCAGCCUAAGGAGCUUAGAAAGGGAGCACCAAGAUGCUCAGGAGGUGAUCAAGGGCCUGAGAUCGGAAAAUGAGACGUUGGGUGGGCUUUUAGAAAUGGAACGACAGAACAGCAGCAUGGUGGCAAAGUCUCUAGAGGACUGUAAAGUUGCCUUAGAAGGCCUGAAGAUUGAAAAUGGAUCUCUCAAAACUCAGUUGGACAGUGAGAAACAAAAAGCUGCAGAGAUCAAUGCAAUGGGAUGUACCACUGACAACUCUGGGGUGCAAGAGAUGUUGAAAGUGGCCCAUGCAGAGAAGGAUCAGUUAGAACUGGCUUGUACAGAGCUCAAACAAGAGCUGCUGAAGGCAAACAGUGAAGUGAAACAUGUCCAGGGUCUACUGGCCAAGGUGGAGAAGGAAUGUGGUCAGCUGAAGGAGCUGUAUGACCGACAGGCUGAACAGCUGAGCAGAACCAGCCUGAAGCUGCAGGAGAAAACUUCUGAGAAUGAGUCUGAGAUCAAAAACCUGAAGGAGACCAUCUUUGAGCUGGAGGACCAGGUGGAGCAGCAACGUGCUAUCAAACUGCACAACAACCAGCUCAUCAGUGACCUGGAGAGUAACGUGAUGAAGCUAGAAGAGCACAAGCUGAAUCUGGAGAGGCAGCUGAAGGGUCUGACUAAGCAGAUAAAGGAAGAUGCAGAGGAGUGGAGGCGUUUUCAAGCUGACCUACAGACUGCAGUGGUGGUGGCCAACGAUAUCAAGUGUGAGGCUCAGCAGGAGCUGCGGGUGGUGAAGAGGAAGCUCCAGGAGGAAGAGGAGAAAAGUGCCAAGCUGCAGAAGGAGCUGGAGGAACUUCAGGGCAGCAGCAGGCUGACAACUGAGGAGGUGAAUUCUGUAGAAGCAGAUACCACCAACCGCUGGCAAGGAGUCUGUGUCAGCAGGGCAUCACCCACUCCCUCAGAGUCUGCAGCUACUGUCAAGUCACUCAUCAAGUCAUUUGACUUGGGAUGCUCAGGGAGCACUGGGCAGAGUAUCACAGUUCACAAGGUCCCCAGAAGCCCUCUGAGUGGAAUUCCAGUGAGGACAGCCCCAGCAGCCGCUGUCUCCCCGAUGCAGAGGCAUACUGCUUACAGUAAUGCAAAGCUGCUCAGCAAAGGAGUCGACAAACACACAGACCUUCCAGACCUCCCCCUUGCAGACCUUCUAAAAGGGAGAAGUGAGGACCUGAAACCAGACCAUUACCUCCGCAAGAGCCCUUCCCUGGAGUCUCUGAGCAAACCCCCCUCAAUGGCCUUCAGCAGCAGGCUGCUGACCUCCAGCCCAAGCAGCCUGAAACCCCCCAGCAAACUCAGUGUGGAGAGAAAGGACCCAUUAGCAGCCCUGGCCCGAGAGUAUGGCGGCUCCAAGAGGAAUGCACUGCUGAAGUGGUGUCAGAAGAAGACUGAAGGUUACUCGAACAUAGACAUUACCAACUUCAGCAGCAGCUGGAGCGAUGGGCUGGCCUUCUGCGCUCUCCUCCACACCUACCUGCCUGCACACAUUCCAUACCAGGAGCUCAAUGGCCAGGAUAAAAAAAGAAAUCUGCUUUUGGCUUUUCAAGCUGCUGAAAGUGUGGGCAUCAAACCCAGUCUGGAACUCAGUGAGAUGAUGUACACAGACCGGCCAGACUGGCAGAGCGUGAUGCAGUACGUGGCCCAGAUUUACAAGUACUUUGAGACCUGAGCCCCAGAGCAGAAGGUGGGCAGACAUGGGGAAGAGACAGAAGAAUGCCACGGAAGCACUUGAUCACUUUAAAAAAAGCCUCUUUUCUAUUCCAUGAGUCAGCCGAGGCUCCUAGGUCGCAAGGAAAGCUCUUCCACAGUUCUGAUCACAUCUCCGUAACCUCAGACUGCAACCAAAUAAAAAUCCGUUGUCCACCUUUACAAACCAAAUACAGCUGUAAGUUUAUUUCAACAUGGAAACUACAAAGGGUUUUCUGCCAUUGUGGGAUAUUUCUGAAGAUGAUGCCCUUGUGCUUGAUAAUGAUUGCCUUUCAACCCAGACUCUGCCAGCUGGAGACUUGCCACAGAACGAAGUGAAUGCAACAUGUACUUUGUAAAUCAGUGCCUGAAGUAAUGCUAGCACUCAAGGGAUGCUGGCAGAGUAUUGUUAAUGAACCAGUUGACAACAGUGCUCCUCUAACACAGUUACAAAUAGACGCCUAACUCAGAUGGACACACAUCCCAAGUGAGUCCCUCUCUCCCCUCCUUUUCCCAUAUGUUUUAUAUAUACACACCAAGACAGAUACAUACACACACACACACACACACACAAGUGCGUGUAGAGCCUCACACUUCCGGAGAUUGACUUACUCUGGCACACUAAGACAGACCUACACACUAGUUUGCCUGACUUAGGUCAGCCUGCAGGAUCUGCAACAGGGUCUUUUUCUGACUCAGAGGUCACCCCAUGUGCUAUCACCAGGUAGCCAUAGGUACAAAAGGGAACCAGUAGGUGCUGUGACUCCGUUCCUGGUCGAACAAAGGUAACCCGCUUUGAUUUGUGAGAAAAAUCACCUCAUUGCUUCAGUGAUAAACCUUGUAGGGAGCCAGAACCCUGAUACAUACCAGCUGACUGCGCCGGCACAGUCAUUUCUGUAGUGCUGCAAAUGCAACUAGUUAGUUUUAUUACACAAGGCACAAAUAACCAGGCAGUGACUCGUUAAACCUGAGUAACCUGUGAUAUCUCAGAGCUACACAUUUGCAGCAGGUUUGUGUAGCGUAAACUCAUUACUCCAGGUUGUACCUAAGUAAUCUGCAAGAAUGUGUAAAUACUUGUUACUUACUACCCAGAAGGCCUUGUUAGCUGUGCCCUGGGCAGAGAAGUGACAUGCAUAGGUUAUUACUGUAUGUUUAGACUUGAGGUUACUGUGUAAAAGAACACACAAGAUUAAUACCAAUGGCAACAUGCAACUGUAUUCCGUAAGUUACAGCGAAUAUAGCUGGCAACUCUUCGUUGUGUCACUGAAGCCAGAGCUAAGCCUAUGGGUUCCCAGUGAUCCUGCUGAUAUCUCCUAGUGUAAGCAGGGUUUAAUUUGUCACUGUUCAUGCCUCUUUGUAUUUGGCCCCAUAAACUUGAAUCUUCCAUUUGCUGUCA